AUGCCUUCGAAUUGUCGCUUACGCAUAUUCGACACGUCAACUAAUACCACUUUUUUAAUUGACUCUGGCGCUGAUGAGUCGAUUGUUCCAAAAUGUUCGAAAUUGGCUCGAGUAACCCCCUCGGAUAUGCAAUUGUUUGCCGCUAACGGGACAUCUAUCCCGGUAUUCGGAGAAGUCAUGCUAAAACUUAACCUCAAUUUGCGUAGAGACUUCAUAUGGAGUUUCGUGAUUGCAGGCGUAUCACAAGCGAUCAUUGGCGCUGACUUCUUGUCUUACUAUUCUCUUCUGCUGGACCUUAAAAUGAAGUGCUUAAUUGACCGCAAGACUACAAUAAAGACGGUUUGCUCAGUAACACAUAUCGACGUGCCACGUGUUUCAACGAUAAGCCAAAACUUUGAUUUUUCCAACCUGCUUAAGGAAUUCAGCGAUAUUACUCGUCCUGCGCCAUUUGAAGCUGCAUCAAAGUCGACUGUCGUCCAUCGCAUAAUUACAACCGGUCAACCAGUUUCUUCACGACCCAGAAGACUAUCGCCCGAAAAGCUCAGAAAAGCGCGCGCGGAAUUCGAUCUCUUGAUGAGACUGGAAUAUGCCGGCCAUCCAGCAGCAACUGGGCAAGCCCAUUACACAUGGUGCACAAAGGUGACGGUUCAUGGAGGCCUUGUGGUGACUACCGAGCACUAA